CUAUAAGUAAGGUCUCUCUUACAGAGCUAGCGCAUGGUUUCGCUCGCGCGAUCGAAUCUGAAAAUCUGCUGCUAGUUAUUCGGUUGUUGUUACAGGGUCCAAAGCCCAGCAGAGGAAUCGCAUCUAGGCGAACUCUCUUCUCGCGCACUGGGGUUCCUCUAUUCAUCUUGCCUGAAUCCUUUCCGCAAAGGCGGCGGCCUGAUUUGGGAGCAGCUCUUUCGCUUCCCGGAUCGCCGGGAUCAGUAUUGGGCUUUCAGUAAGAGAUAGAAAUAUCAAGGGAUGCUGAAAUUAUGUGCUUGCAUGAUAGAGUAGCUUGUCUAAGGACUGGCAGGGUAGCCAACCAUAUUCGUAGUUCUCUUGAUUUUGAUGACAGCAGAGCACAAUAUGAACAACAUUUGCUCCAUGUGCACACGCACAAUGGGGCUAGGCAUGGCAGUUCAACCAUCACCUUAGGUUACUUUCUUGGAGGAGACGGGUGAAAUUGUUGGUUAUUUGCGGACACCUUCUACAUCAUUUGGUGCUCAUUAUCAACUUUAUAAGUUUAAAAAAUCAUUACUUUUGUCCAUAAAACAUUGGGAAGAUGACCGAGAAAGGAAAUAUUCUGAUGCAAAGAUAUGAGAUGGGAAAGUUACUUGGGAAAGGGAGUUUUGCCAAAGUUUACCAUGCUCGUUGUGUUAACACUUCACACAGUGUUGCUAUCAAGGUGAUUGACAAAGAUAAGAUCUUUAAGUGUGGUCUUAUGGAUCAAAUAAGUCGAGAGAUUUCGGUGAUGAAGUUGGUGAAACAUCCAAAUAUUGUACAAAUGUAUGAGGUGAUGGCUACUAAAACCAAAAUAUAUUUUGUGUUAGAAUACGUCAAGGGAGGAGAGUUGUUCAACAAGGUUCAACGAGGAAGGCUAAAAGAAGAUGUUGCUCGUAAAUAUUUCCAACAACUAAUUAGUGCUAUUGAUUUUUGUCAUAGUAGAGGAGUUUAUCACCGUGAUUUGAAGCCUGAAAAUCUUCUUCUUGAUGAAAGUCGCAAUCUCAAGAUCUCAGACUUUGGUUUAAGUGCACUUCCAGAUUGCAAGAGACAAGAUGGGUUACUCCAUACAAGUUGUGGUACUCCUGCAUAUGUUGCUCCAGAAGUAAUAAGUAGAAAAGGAUACGAUGGUGCAAAGGCUGACAUAUGGGCUUGUGGAGUGAUUCUCUAUGUGUUGUUGGCAGGCUAUCUUCCUUUCCAGGAUAAGAACUUGGUAGACAUGUAUAAGAAAAUUUGCAAAGCACAACUCAAAUGGCCAAGUUGGUUUUCUUCAGAUAUUCGAAAGCUUUUGCGGCGUCUUCUUCAUCCAAACCCCAGUGCACGGAUCUCUAUUGCAGAAAUCAUGGAACAUCCUUGGUUUAGAAUUGGUCAUCCAAAUCAUGGAAAAUUGUUUGAUUAUACCAUGAAUUCGACAGAUAAUGUUAUGCCCAUUGACAUGAAUUUGGCUUUGGAUCAUUCCAAUGCCAAUACUGUUGGGGGUAAUCAAGCAGUAGAAAAACUUACUAAUUUGAAUGCUUUUGACAUCAUCUCACUUUCUAAUGGAUUUGAUCUCUCUGGCAUAUUUGAGGAGAACUCAAACAAGGAGGAGGCUAAAUUCACAUCUACCAACACAGCUUCGACAAUCAUUACAAAGCUCGAGGAAAUUGCAAUGAGCUUGCGACUAAAGAUAACAAAGAAAUGUGGUGGAUUGCUGAAGAUGGAAUGUUCCAAACCAGGAAGGAAAGGUGUGAUGUCCUUAAAUGCUGAAGUAUUUCACAUCACACCAAAUUUUCAUCUAGUGGAGAUCAAGAAAACCAAUGGCGAUACCCUUGAGUACCAAAAGGUUAUGAAACAAGUUAUGAGGCCAGCACUGAAAGAUAUUGUGUGGGCUUGGCAAGGUGAGCAGCCUGAAAAGGAGAAGCAACAAUCUUAGAUGUUGUGACAAGUGUAAUAAUAGUAGAGAUUGUGACAAACCAAAACUCUAAUUGUUGACUCAAUAAUGUACUCUUCUUUUUUUUUUCUCAUCCUCAUAUUUUAGUCCAGAGUUUUACACUUCUAUUGGCUGUUCAAGUGGAAAUGGUUUCUAUCUUGACGAAGCUUUUCUUAAACCAAUGAUUUGAUUGCUGAAAAUCUGCAUAUUGUUAAAAGGAAGGCGGUUUUACAUCAA